UAUCCACUUGGUCUCCCUCUGCCUGACCAACUCAGGGGACGGGCCCACACUCCUGAGACAAAACAGCACACAAAACACAAGACAGACAGCGCUCUGAAAAACAAGACGGGAAACAGGAAAACCACACGCUCGAAGUGUGAUGUCUCCAUGGCAACAGCACUUCCUCGGAGGCAAGAGGUUGAAGUAAACGAGGAGCACCCGAAUGCAACACAAAUACAAGUGCGCAGUUCAGGGACCGCUGUCUGCUUGGUUGUUGCUCAUCACAAACUUGUGACAAAGAUGUCUACUACACUGAGUCUGCGUCUUCUCCACUGCUACUCAAAGCCAGGCACAUUUGGUCCUGGUGUCAUUCGCCCAUUCAGCCUCAGUGUGCAGCGAGAGGGCUACAAGUAUGUAAAUGCGCAGGAAGUGCCAACAGACCUGAAGUCCAUCACCGACCGGGCGGCCACAACCCUUCUCUGGACCGAACUCUUUAGAGGUUUGGCAAUGACCAUGAGUUACCUGUUUCGUGAACCUGCCACCAUCAACUAUCCAUUUGAGAAGGGCCCUCUGUCACCCCGCUUCCGUGGAGAGCACGCGCUCCGCCGCUAUCCCAAUGGAGAAGAGCGCUGCAUCGCCUGUAAGCUGUGUGAGGCCAUCUGCCCCGCUCAGGCUAUUACCAUCGAAGCUGAGACACGGGCUGAUGGCAGCCGGAGAACUACACGCUACGACAUUGAUAUGACAAAAUGCAUCUACUGUGGCUUUUGCCAGGAAGCCUGUCCUGUUGAUGCUAUUGUUGAGGGUCCAAACUUUGAAUUUUCCACAGAGACCCAUGAGGAGCUGCUCUACAACAAAGAGAAGCUUCUCAACAAUGGAGACCUAUGGGAGGCUGAGAUAGCAGCCAACAUAAAGGCAGACUACUUGUACAGAUAAAUCUGUACACAGCCAGCAAAGAUGUGUCAUACACGCAAAUGAUAUAAUCCUCCUUUGCAUUAAAGAUAAUAUUUUUAGCUUUAAAUAUAUUCCAGUGAGUUACAAAUGAGUAACGAAGCCUUGCAGC